AUGGACGAGAGGCCGGCCCGUGCGUGGACACGCAGCAAAGUCUGCAACGAGAGCAAAUUUAGACUGCGAGUCCUUUUCCUAGAUGACUCCGAGCGCACUUUUGAAGUGGAGCGAAAUGUUUUGGGCGUCGACUUCUUUAGCAAAGUUUGCGGUCAUCUGAAGCUGCUGGAAAAGGAAUACUUUGGCCUGGAGUACAGACACCCCUGCGGCAACUACGUGUGGUUGGAGCUGCUGAAGCCGCUCGCAAAGCAGAUUAAAUACACCAACGAUCUGUUCUUCAGGUUCAUGGUGAAAUUCUUCCCUCCGGACCCCGGGCAACUAAAAAGAGGCCUAACCAGGUAUUUUUUCGCUUUACAGAUCAAGCAGGACCUUUCCAACGGCAGUCUUACCUGUAAUGACAACAGCGCCGCCCUGCUUGUCUCUCACAUAUUGCAGUCAGAACUUGGGGACUACGAUGAGGAGCUGGACUAUCAGCACCUGGAAACAAAGCAGUACGUCCCCAACCAGGAAUACCUGGACCAUAAGAUCCUCCGAUUCCACAAGAGACACAGAGGCUCGUCACCUGCCGAGUCCGAUGUCCACCUCCUAGAGUUGGCCAGGAAAUUGGACAUGUACGGCAUCAGGCCACAGUCGGCCAGCGACGGCGAAGGCAAGCGAAUAAAUUUGGCGGUGACACAUUCAGGCGUGCUGGUUUUUCAGGGGAACACCAAGAUCAACGCAUUCAACUGGGCCAAGAUUCGCAAACUGAGCUUCAAGCGCAAACAUUUCCUCAUCAAGCUCCACGCCACCGUCGGGCCGUCUCGCAAGGACACGCUGGAGUUCUACAUGGCCACUCGGGACGUGUGCAAGGCCUUCUGGAAAACUUGCGUGGAAUAUCAUGCCUUCUUUCGACUCGACGAAGAGCCCAAGGUGGUGCAUCGGAAGACGCCGCUCUUGUCUAAAGGCUCCAGCUUUAGAUACAGCGGGCGUACGCAGAAGCAGCUGCUGGAAUGUUUGGAAUCGACCGAUAAGAAAUCUUGGCCAUUUGACAGCACUCCCCGUCCAUGCCAAUCUUCUCCCGAUCUCCUCACAGAUGUCUCCAAACAAUAUGAAGACGCCUUACCUAGGUCAACUUGUGCCUCGGCGCCUCAGAGCCAGGAGCGUGGCCGCCCGUACGUCGGCCCGAGGUGUCGUAGCCUCGCUCGGGUCACGCCCCUCUCGCCCCAGGUACGACCGCCGUCUGUGGACGCGAAGGAACGAGCCCCAGGAAUCUACGGCAACCGCCCGCGCCGCCGGCUCAACCCUCGACCGGACGCCACGCAGCAGCUGGUCCUUCUGUAUCCCAACAAUCCCGCCUACCGGUACCACCCGGUGCUGCCUACGUUCCCGUACUUCUCGGACUGCGCCGCGUCUCUAGAUUGUUUGCCGCAGGCGAGAAGGUGGGACGGACGAGCGUCUUUUUACCCGCCGGGCCGGGGCGGGAUGGCGGGGGGCUACAAUGGGACGAGGUUAAUCAGCCGUACAGAGGCGGGCCAUUACAGCGACGACUGCAACUUCCUCCCGGGAAUCCCUCGCCAAGCCGAUGUCAAAUUUCACCUCCCCUCGUCUGAAUUCCGCCCCCUUGGCUAUUACCCUCAUUUAACGCGCCCCUCCAGGCCCACCUACCUCCCGCUCCCCCAUCGCCACACAGGUAGCUUCAGUGACUCCGAGCCCGAAGUCUUCUACCCGUAUUACUGCCCGCCUCCCGCGCUCGGAAGACCGCCGCCGGCCCGGAUGAGGUUCUCCUCCGGGAGUCUCCAGCUAGAUGAGGAGGAUGAGGAAGAAGCAAAGACAAAAGAAACUAAGAGCAAAACAGAGGUCACGCUGUAA